AGAGCAGACAUUACAUCACACACCUGCAGCUCAGGUGUGCUGGUGUCCUGCAAGCUGUUGGGUAAUGCAGAGGGAGAAGAUCCACGUUGCAUCAAGUCUGAGUGUUUUAUUGUGAAAGAACCCCGAAGACAACAGUAAUCCUCAGUCUGACUCACUACUUCCUGUUUGUCCUCAGGUAACAACAGGUGAGCUUCACCUCUCAGGAAGGUUUAGGAAAAGAUGGUGGUUUGGGUUAAAAUAAAUUUCCCCUCAACAUUUGACGAUCUCUGUUGUCAUGGUUACAGUAACAACAACAAACAGUCAUGGAUCAUAGAAACAACAUGGGAUUCGAACACACGGCUCUUCUGUGUCACAUUCAUCCAACAGUUACAAUAUUCACACGUUCUGUAUCCAUGUUACUUCCUGAUGAAUCAUAGUGAAAAUGGGGGGGGGGCAUUUAACAUGCUGGGGCCCCUUCAAGGACCGGGGCCCCUUCAAGGACCCGCCCUGAGAACCACUGCUCUACAGAGGCAGGAAGCAGGAAACAGCUGAUCUGAACCUCCAGCCCUUCCCACAGACACAUGCUCAGUGAGCGUUUAAAAACCUCUUUGUGCUGCUGCCUUCACGGUGGCGACAGUCAUAAUGCCUUUGGUGGGCGGACCGGCGUCGGCAGGUAAACACCUCAUUCCAGCAGAGGGAGUGGUUUGGGAGUGGACUCAUUACCUGCUGUCAGAAUAAUCGUUGUGCUCAGACAGGUCUGAGACGAGCUGCUUCCCACAGUCAGAGCAGAGAUCUGGAGCUGCUUCUGACGGGACCAGGAUGACCAGCGACUACUAUCCCUACUCCAAGUUCACUCGGGUCUGGAUCCCGGACCCCGAGGAUGUGUGGAGAGCUGCGGAGAUCACCAGGGAUUAUAAAGAAGGAGAGUCAGUUCUCCACCUCAAACUGGAGGAUGAGACGCCUCUGGAGUACUCCAUUGGUCCGAAGAGUAACCAUCUUCCCUUCCUCCGUAACCCCGACAUCCUGGUGGGGGAGAACGACCUCACUGCUCUCAGUUACCUGCAUGAACCUGCCGUCCUGCACAACCUCCGAGUCCGCUUCCUGGAGUCCAACCACAUCUACACCUACUGCGGGAUCGUGCUGGUGGCCAUCAACCCGUACGAGCAGCUGCAGAUCUACGGCGAGGAGGUCAUCAACGCCUACAGUGGACAGAACAUGGGCGACAUGGACCCGCACAUCUUCGCCGUGGCGGAGGAGGCGUACAAGCAGAUGGGCAGAGACGAGAGGAACCAGUCCAUCAUCGUCAGCGGAGAGUCAGGAGCGGGAAAGACGGUGUCUGCCAAGUACGCCAUGCGCUUCUUCGCCACAGUGGGAGGUUCAGCCAACGACACCAACGUGGAGGAGAAGGUCCUCGCCUCCAGCCCCAUCAUGGAGGCGAUUGGAAACGCUAAAACCACUCGAAACGACAACAGCAGUCGCUUCGGGAAGUACAUCCAGAUCGGCUUCAGCCGAGGGUUCCACAUCAUCGGAGCCAACAUGAGAACAUACCUGCUGGAGAAGUCCCGGGUCGUCUUCCAGGCUGAAGAUGAGAGGAACUAUCACAUCUUCUAUCAGCUCUGUGCUUCAGCCUCAUUACCAGAGCUGACAGAGCUCAGCCUCACCAGUGCAGAGGACUUCACCUACACGUCUUUAGGAGAGAACAUCUUCAUCGAGGGAGUGAACGACGCCGAGGACUUCAAGAAGACCAGAGAGGCCUUCGGUCUGCUGGGUGUGAAGGACAGCAGUCAGAGCAGCAUCUUCAGAGUCAUGGCGUCCAUCCUUCACCUGGGGAACGUAGAGAUCUGCUCGGAGCGAGACGGGGAGUCCUGUCACAUCUUGAGGGACGACCCCCACCUGAAGCACUUCUGCCGGCUGCUGGGGGUGGAGCUGCAGCAGAUGGAGCACUGGCUCUGUCACAGGAAGCUAGUCACUGCGUCCGAGACCUACGUCAAGACCAUGUCAAGCAAAAUGGCUGCCAACGCCCGCGACGCGCUCGCCAAGCACAUCUACGCACGCAUGUUCGACUGGAUCGUGAAGCACAUCAACAAGUCGCUGCACACGUCCUCCAAGCAGCACUCCUUCAUCGGCGUCCUGGACAUCUACGGGUUCGAGACAUUCGAGGUGAACAGCUUCGAGCAGUUCUGCAUCAACUAUGCCAACGAGAAGCUUCAGCAGCAGUUCAACUCUCACGUGUUUAAGCUGGAGCAGGAGGAGUACAUGAAGGAACAGAUCCCCUGGACUCUGAUCGACUUCCAUGACAACCAGCCCUGCAUAGACCUGAUCGAGGCUCGGCUCGGAGUCCUGGACCUGCUGGACGAAGAGUGUAAGGUGCCGAAGGGGACGGAUCAGAACUGGGCCCAGAAACUCUACAAGCAGCACUCCAGCAGCGUCCACUUCCAGAAACCUCGUAUGUCCAACACCUCCUUCAUCAUCAUUCACUUCGCUGACAAGGUGGAAUAUCAGUGUGACGGCUUCCUGGAAAAGAACAGAGACACCGUUUAUGAGGAGCAGAUCAACAUCCUGAAGGCCAGUCAGUUCCAGCUGGUAGCGGACCUGUUCCAUGAGAAAGACGACCCUCCCCCCUCCAAAUCGUCCAGAGUGAAUGUCCGUCCGGCGAAGUCAGCGCCCCGCGCUCCCAACAAGGAGCACAGGAAGACGGUGGGACACCAGUUCCGCAGCUCCCUCCACCUCCUCAUGGAGACUCUGAACGCCACCACGCCUCACUACGUCCGCUGCAUCAAACCCAACGACUUCAAGGAGGCCUUCUCGUUCGACUCAAGGCGAGCGGUGCAGCAGCUCCGCGCCUGUGGAGUCCUGGAGACGAUCCGGAUCAGUGCGGCCGGAUACCCGUCCAGGUGGACGUACCCAGACUUCUUCAGCAGGUAUCGAGUGUUGAUGAGGAAGUCCGACAUGACGUCAUCAGACAAGAAGCUGGUGUGUAAAAACCUGCUGGAGACGCUGAUUAAGGAGCCCGAUAUGUUCCAGUUUGGAAAGACAAAGAUCUUCUUCCGGGCGGGGCAGGUGGCGUACCUGGAGAAGCUCCGGGCCGAUAAGUUCCGCGCCGCCUGCAUCAAGAUCCAGAAGACGGUCCGAGGCUGGCUCCAGAGAGUCCGGUACCGCAAGAUUUGCAAGACCGCCAUCACUUUGCAGAGAUACGGCCGAGGAUACCUGGCCCGCAGGUACGCUGAGUACCUGCGUCUGACUCGAGCCGCCCUCGUCUGUCAGAAACAGUACCGCAUGGUGAGAGAGCGCCGCUCUUUCCUGAGGGUGAGACGGGCCGUCGUCACCAUCCAGGCCUACGCCAAAGGAAUGUUCACCCGCCGGAUCUACUGGGAGUUCCUGCUGCACCACAAGGCCAUGAUCAUCCAGAGGAGCGUCCGGCGCUGGCUGCUCAGGAGGAAGUUCAGACGGGCGCGCGACGCUGCCAUCACCAUCCAGUGUGCGUACAGACGGCUACUUGCCAGACGACGACUGAAGCAGCUGAAGAUCGACGCUCGCUCCGCACAACACCUGAAGAAACUCAACUCAGGCAUGGAGAACAAGAUCGUCCAGAUGCAGAGGAAGAUGGACGACCAGUCCAAAGAGUACCGCAAUCAGAACGACCAGCUGCAGAUAGUGAAUGUCAGUCUGGGGUCAGAGGUCAACAAGCUGCAGAAGGAGCUGGACCAGAUCCGGGGUCAGCAAGGGGAGGGGGGUCAGCUGACCUCGCUGCAGGAGGAGCUACAGAAGCUGAGGGAGGAGCUACAGGAGGCGCACGCCCACAGGAAGAGGCUGGAGGAUGAGCACGGCACAGAGAAACUGGACCUCAGACAGAGGGUGGAGGAGCUGGAGGCUGAAAACUCUCUGCUGAAGAGUGAGAAGGAUGAAAUGAACCAGAGGAUCCUGCAGCUGUCCAAGAGCAGCACAGACGGCAGCAGUGUGUCUCAGAGGGAGGAGUCUCUGGGGGCAGAGCUGGACGCAGAGAGGCAGCGGUACCAGAACCUCCUCAAAGAGUUCUCCAGACUGGAGCAGAGAUACGAUAACGUGAAGGAGGAGCUGUCCCUCACCAAGUUCCACCCCGGCCACAGGAGGAACCCUUCCAAUCAGAGCAGCCUGGAGUCGGACUCUAACUACCCAUCCAUCUCCACCUCCGAGGUCGGAGACACUGAGGACGCCGUCCAGCUGGUGGAGGAGCUGGGGGUGGAGAAAGCUGCGAUGGACAUCAGUCUGUUCAUGAAGCUGCAGAAACGAGUCCGAGAGCUGGAGCAGGAGAGGAAGAGGCUGCAGCUCAACGUGGACAAGAUGGAGGAGCUCGCCAAGCGCCGGGGCUCGGAGGUGAAGAGUCCCACCUCUCAGCAGGAGACUGCAGAUCUGGCCUACAACAACCUGAAGAGGCAGGAGCUGGAGUCAGAGAACAAGAAACUGAAGAACGACCUGAACGAGCUGAGGAAGACCAUCGCUGAACGUGCGUCUCAAAACAACUCGUCCAAUGAGCUGCAGGACAGCUACAAUCUGCUGCUCAGCCAGCUGAAAGCAGCCAAUGAGGAGCUGGACGCCCGCAAGGAGGAGGUGCUCAUCCUCAGGACUCAGAUUGUCAGCACGGCCCAGCUACAGGAGAAGAACCAACAUAUAGAGGAGAGUAAUAAUGUUCCUGAGGUGGAGAACAGUAAAGAACCCGUGGACAAAGAGGAGGCUCUCAGAGCGUAUCAUGGACUGUGUGACUCUAAAAAGCUGCUGGAGGCGCAGCUGCAGUCUCAGUCCAGGCAGCACAAAGACGAGCUGGAGGCUCUUCACACUCAGAUCGAGCUGCUGAAAGACGACAUCGAGAAGAAGCAGGAGAUCCUCAACCACACCAUGUCUCUGUCUCCGGAGGCACAGGUGGAGUACAGCGUCCAGCAGGAGAUCACACGGCUCACCAACGACAACCUGGACCUCAAGGAGCUGGUGGAGAAACUGGAGAAGAACGAGAGGAAGCUGAAGAAGCAGCUGAGGAUCUACAUGAAGAAGGUUCAGGAGUUAGAAGCCUCUCAUGCGGCCGCUCAGACCAGCAGGUCCAGACCUGAACUGAGUCGGCAGGUCACAGUCCAGAGGAAGGAGAAGGACUUUGAGGGGAUGCUGGAGUUCUACAAGGAGGACGAGGCUCUGUUGGUGAAGUUUCUGAUAACAGACAUCAAGCCUAACACGGUGUCAGCCACCAUCCCCUGUCUGCCGGCAUACAUUCUCUUCAUGUGCAUCCGCCACGCCGACUACAUCAACGACGACCAGAAGGUGGAGUCUCUGCUCACCUCCACCAUCAACGCCAUCAAGAAGGUCCUCAAGAAGAACAACGAGGACUUCGAGAUGACGUCCUUCUGGCUCGCCAACACCAGCCGUCUGCUCCACUGUCUGAAGCAGUACAGUGGAGAUGAGGUGUUUAUGACUCAGAACACGGUGAAGCAGAACGAACACUGUCUGAAGAACUUUGACCUGGCCGAGUACCGGCAGGUUCUCAGUGACCUCUCCAUCCAGAUCUACCAGCAGCUCAUCAAGGUCGCCGAGGCAACCAUCCAGCCCAUGAUCGUGUCGGCCAUGUUGGAGAGUGAGAGUAUCCCCAGCCUGGCGGGCGUGAAGCCGAUGGGCUACAGGAACCGUUCCUCCAGCAUGGACACGGACGGCGGCGGUCCCAGCAGCUACACGCUGCAGGCCCUGAUCAGACAGCUGGGACAGUUCCACGCCAUCAUGAGCGACCACGGUCUGGACCCCGAGAUCGUGGGUCAAGUGGUUCGUCAGCUGUUCCAUUGCAUCAACGCCGUCACUCUCAACAACCUGCUGCUGCGCAAAGACGUCUGCUCCUGGAGCACCGGCAUGCAGCUCCGGUACAACACCAGUCAGAUGGAGGAGUGGCUUCGGGGGAACAACCUGUAUCAGAGUAAAGCAGCAGCGACUCUGGAGCCGAUCAUUCAGGCCGCUCAGCUGCUGCAGGUGAAGAAGAAAACGUCUCAGGACGCCGAGGCCAUCUGCUCGCUGUGCUCCGCCCUCACCACCCAACAGAUUGUGAAGAUCCUGAACCUAUACACUCCUCUGAACGAGUUCGAAGAAAGAGUCACUGUGUCGUUCAUCAGAAACAUCCAGAACCGUCUUCAGGAGAGGAACGACCCUCCUCAGCUCCUGGUGGACACCAAACACACCUUCCCCGUCCUCUUCCCCUACACCCCCUCCGCCCUGAGCCUGGAGACGCUGCACAUCCCCGCCUCGCUCGGCCUGGACUUCCUCAUCAGAGUCUGACACACACACACACACACACACACACACACACACACACACACACACACACACACACACACACACACACACACACACUCCUCACCAUCCUGACAUCAGUGUAUGUCCUGACUGGACAACACUUCCUCCUCCACCUGCCUCAGCACAGACACUACAGGAGGACUCACCUGUGCCCAGAGUCCCUUCUUCUUCUUCUUCUUCUUCUUUUGGUGUCACAGACAGGAACUCACAGAAGGAACAGGAAUGUGUCCUGGAGGAUGAAGAAGGUCAGUGAGAGGUGACAGAAAGCUCAGGGAGGUCUCAGCAGCUGUGACAGAUGUUUCAGGUUCUAUAUGAAGAAGAUAAAUAAUGACAGAUAUUUCAACAUCAUCCAGCUGAAAUAAAUAUCAAUAAUUCAUCAAUACUCAGAGAUACUUCCUGUAUAAAAUGAUAUUUACUCACAGGCUGAUGCAGGUGUGCUCAGGUCACCUGACACCUGUGCACAGCUGUUUUAAUCAGCCACACGUGCGUGUUGUGUUCAGGUGCUGGUGGGAAACUUCAUCUCUCCCCUCUCGCCUGAAUAUUUAAUAUUUAGUCUGAUAAUAGAACAUGAGAGACAGAAGUGAUCAGUGAUCAGCUGGACUGAGGACAACAGGAUUCAGGCGUGUGUGAAACGUGAUCACAUGUCAACACGUCAUCAGUGGAUCAUCACAUCUGUCACAGCUGUAUGAAGAAGGCGUCUAAUUGGAGCAGAGCACAGGUGUUCUCACAGGUGUGUUUCAGUGACAGAGCAGGUAUCAGGAUGUUUCCUGUUCACUCAAUCAAAAAUAAUCAAUACUUUUCUUUUGUCUUCCUGUUUUGCCUUUUUCUGAUCAGACUGAUCAGGUGUAUUGAUCAUCAGCUCAGAACACAGACCCUUCAGUCUUUUAUAUUUCUAUUCUUCCUCUGUGUGAUUUGUAUGAUCAUGUGAUGACACUAAUUAAUAUUAAUGAAUAAUGAAAGAGGCCGGCUCGUCGCUGUCACUGUGAUGUCACAGGCUGAUGACGGUGUGAACCCUGAGGUUGAAGGUAGAACUGACGUGUUCAUGAAGCGAAUGUAAUAAAGAGGAACCUGUGAAGAGCUUCA